AUGAACAGCAGCGGAGAAGUGAGUUAUGGACCAUUUCUGGGAUUUAAAAGUUUGGCAAAUGCCUCAAAUGUUGAUAAUACCACCAACUGUUUCAACAAUGGAUCAGCAGUUAUAAAAAACCAGUUUGUCGCGUACAACAGGAUUGUAGAAAUAGUGAAAAUCAUCAUAUGCAUUCUUGGUUUGAUAGCCAAUAUCUUAUCAAUCGUCGCUACCGUCAACGUACCGCGGGAGAAAUGGUCGACGUACACCAAACUUAUCAUCAACCUCGCAGUCUCAGAUAUUCUAGUGGUGUGUUCUGUUUUUGUGUACGUUAUUUUGGAGUUUUCCGCUAUCCAACACCCAUGCGCUAACAUUUUUCAUCAAAUGUUGCUGAACAUCGCAUUGACGUCAACGUUAUUCAACCUCGUCUUGAUGGCAAUUGACCACUAUUUUGCAAUUAUAUAUGCAUUAUACUACGGUCGUGUGUUUUCGAAAAUACGUGUUAAUUAUGUUAUCAUUUGUCUAUGGAUUGUGAUUUUCUUCUGUGGAGUUCUUGAUAUAUUUGUUGCGUUUGGCAGUUAUGACAAGGAAAAAGGUGAUUUUUGCGUUUACGUUAACAGGGACCAUUUUAAUUAUGAAUUAGUUAUUAUAAUUGUAAUAUUUGCUGUUUUAUUUGGUCUCUUACUUAUAUAUUCAAGGAUUUGCUACAGGGUUCGACAAAUUGUUCGUCAAGACGAUCUGGGACGACGUAAAGGACGUCAAGGUUCCCAUUCAAUCAAAGCCGUCGUAACAACGUUCUUAAUCAUCGGAACAUUUGCGUUUUGUUGGUGUCCGCUAGGAAUUUACCACUUUAUAUACUACAUAUGGCCACCAAAGAUGGACUUGAACUACGAAACCAUACAAACAUUUCUUUUGGUAAACAAUAUUCUGGUGUGCGUAUUACUCCUUAAUCCUCUUUGCGACCCCAUUAUAUAUGCGUUGCGACGAUCUGAGGUCAAACUUGGCUACAUAAGAUUCUAUAACAGAGUGAUCUUAAGGCGGAGAGCAUCAACAUUUGACCGCAGCAGUUAUGCCAGAUUCCUGCGAAGAAACGGUUCACAUAACUCAUUGAAUGCUGAAACUUCAGCUGUAGUAAGAUUGAGCAUAUCAAGAAACACGUGUCAUGACGUUGAGUACAGAGAAGGCAACUUGACUCUAGAAAAUGCUUUACCAUAAUUUAUGUACAGUAACUUUAGAUUGCCUGAAUUGCCAUGUGCUUUUCCGUGAUUUUUAUGUGUUCAUUAUUUUGUUCAGGACGCAAGAUGCGAGCUACAUUGGUAAAGCGUUAUGCUAAAGAUACGCAUUAAUAUCAUUUAACGUGCAUUCAUGCAGUACGAACGCUCGACCGCGAUUGCAAAUCCAUGACAAGCCCUAGC